AAGGUUUUUUUGGGGGGAGAGGGGGCACAGUGUUUGCAGCCCCCCGGUGGCACCGAGCCUGCCCCUCUUCUUUCCCCAGGGCAGGGAUGCCGUGCGUGAGGUGGAGGCACUGAUGGAGAGGAUGCAGCUGCUGCGGGACAGCCAGAGGGAGGAGGAGGGCGUCACGCAGGAGGAGAUGGCCACGCGCUUUGAGAUGGAGAAGACGGAGAGUUUGCUGGUGGCCCCAUCGGAUGUCACGGAGCACGCCCUGCAAUCCGGCAUGCUGUGCUUCGUGGAGGACCCCGAGUUUGGCUAUAAGGACUUCACGCGGCGCGGCGAGCAGGCACCCCCCACCUUCCGUGCUCAGGACUACACCUGGGAGGACCACGGCUUCUCCCUCAUCAACCGGCUGUACCCCGACGUGGGGCAGCUGCUGGAUGAGAAGUUCCAGGUUGUUUACAACCUGACCUACAACACCAUCGCCAUGCACUGCGGUGUCGACACCUCCAUGCUGCGCCGCGCCAUCUGGAAUUACGUGCACUGCGUCUUCGGCAUCCGGUGGGUCCUUCGUCUGCUCCCCAAACCCUGCAGCAGCCCCUGGGUUCAGCUGAGGGGGUUGUGGGUCUGGAAAUGGGUGCCCUGAUGGGUUGUGGCACAG